UCAUUUUUUUCCCCUGCUGGUAGCGAGAUUGCAGAGAAAGAUUGAACUGUCAGAAGUAGUACCAACUGUUGGCAUUCCUCCACUUCACCUUCCCAUAUUUUCCCCCCUUCUCCCUUUCUUUCUGCCUUGUGCAUAGCUGUGGUUAACCAUGCGAUGGGGGAGCCAUUUCCACUACAGUGAGUUCAUCAUUCUUAGAGGCAAGAGGGAAAACAUGGGAUUAGCAAGAAGUGUCAGUAAAGGGGAAUCCUCCUUAGCAUGCUGACAGAUUGUCUUCAGUCAGUUCCCUUCCUUGACAGAGCUACAGGAAUCAGCAUGAGAUUAGUGGGAUUUCUUCUCAAGGUAAUGGGGUGGCAUGGCAAGGGUGCUAAGUUACCAUCAGAAUAACACUAGUACUACAUCUCUCCUUUUAAACGCCCACUGGUACUAUCUGUCCCCUUUUAAGUGUCCAUUGGGUUUGCUCCAGGCUGGGUAUUGGUAGUUAUAACAGAAUUGUGAAGUGAUUGAUUCAUCCUCCCCAUGCAUCCUCCUUAAUUCCUGUUCCCUGCCUAGCCAAAUGGCUCCCUGCCGGAUGAAGAAAGGUGUGUGAGAAAGCAAGAGCCAAGGGACACCAUGGGGGUGGACUUCGACGUGAAGACUUUCUGCCACAACCUGCGGGCAACCAAGCCACCCUACGAAUGUCCUGUGGACACCUGCCGCAAAAUCUACAAGAGCUACAGUGGCAUCGAGUACCAUCUCUACCACUACGACCAUGACAAUCCACCGCCACCCCAAAACACCCCUCUGCGCAAGCACAAAAAGAAAGGCCGGCACGGCCGCGCAACCAACAAGCAGUCGCCCAGCCCCUCCGAGACUUCGCAGUCCCCAGGGCGGGACGUUAUGACUUACGCGCAAGCUCAGCGCAUGGUAGAGGUGGAUCUGCAUGGCCGCGUGCAUCGCAUCAGCAUUUUCGAUAACUUGGAUGUGGUGUCCGAGGACGAUGAGACUCCCGAGGAGGCCCCGGAGAACAACAGCAACAAGGAGAACACGGAAACGCCCUCGGUGGCUCCCAAAGCCGGAAAGCACAAGAACAAGGAGAAACGCAAGGAUUCCAACCACCACCACCAUCACCACAGUGCCUCAGCUGGCAACACACCUAAGCUUCCCGAGGCUGUGUACCGAGAGCUGGACCAGGAUACCCCCGAUGCCCCACCUCGCCCCACUUCUUAUUACAGAUACAUUGAGAAGUCAGCAGAAGAGCUGGAUGAGGAGGUUGAGUACGACAUGGAUGAGGAAGAUUACAUCUGGUUGGACAUUAUGAACGAACGUCGGAAGACAGAAGGUGUCAGCCCUAUUCCUCAGGAGAUCUUUGAAUAUCUAAUGGACCGGCUAGAGAAGGAAUCCUAUUUUGAGAGUCACAACAAAGGUGACCCAAAUGCCUUGGUAGACGAGGAUGCCGUCUGUUGCAUUUGCAACGACGGGGAAUGUCAGAAUAGCAACGUCAUCCUUUUUUGUGACAUGUGUAACUUGGCUGUGCACCAGGAAUGCUAUGGGGUCCCUUACAUCCCAGAAGGCCAGUGGCUGUGCCGCCGCUGCUUGCAGUCGCCUUCCAGGGCCGUGGACUGCGCCCUGUGUCCAAACAAAGGCGGCGCCUUCAAACAGACGGACGAUGGCCGUUGGGCCCAUGUGGUGUGUGCCCUCUGGAUCCCCGAGGUCUGUUUUGCGAACACGGUGUUCCUGGAGCCCAUAGACAGCAUAGAACACAUCCCACCAGCCCGCUGGAAGCUGACCUGUUACAUCUGCAAGCAGCGAGGCUCUGGGGCCUGCAUACAGUGCCACAAAGCUAACUGCUACACAGCCUUCCACGUUACCUGUGCUCAGCAGGCUGGGCUCUACAUGAAAAUGGAGCCUGUCCGAGAAACGGGGGCCAACGGCACUUCGUUUAGUGUCCGGAAGACAGCUUACUGUGACAUCCACACGCCGCCCGGCUCAAUGCGACGCUUGCCUGCCCUCUCCCAUAGCGAAGGGGAGGAAGAAGAAGAGGAGGAAGAAGAGGAUGGGAAAAGCUGGAGCUCAGAGAAGGUGAAAAGGGCCAAGGCUAAAUCCCGGAUCAAAAUGAAGAAGGCAAGGAAAAUCCUGGCUGAAAAGAGAGCAGCUGCCCCGGUGGUGUCAGUGCCCUGUAUACCUCCCCACAGGCUUAGUAAGAUCACCAACCGCUUGACCCUUCAGCGAAAGAGUCAGUUCAUGCAGAGGUUGCACAGUUAUUGGACUCUGAAGAGGCAAUCCCGCAAUGGAGUCCCCUUGUUGCGGCGACUCCAAACGCACUUGCAGUCACAUAGGAACUGUGAACAAGGAAGGCCGGCUCCUCCUCCUCCAGUGGCCAAGACUGAGCAGCGAGAUAACACAGAGGAUAAGAACUGGGCCUUGAAAGAGCAGCUGAAGUCCUGGCAGCGCCUCCGCCACGACCUGGAACGAGCGCGCUUGCUGGUGGAGUUAAUUCGCAAGCGGGAGAAGCUCAAGAGAGAGACGAUUAAAAUCCAGCAAGUGGCCCUGGAGGUGCAGCUGACUCCGUUCCUCAUCCUCCUGCGCCGGACCCUCGAGCAGCUCCAGGAGAAGGACACGGGCAACAUCUUCAGCCAGCCGGUCCCGCUGUCUGAGGUAACAGAACUCUACGAAGUCCCAGAUUACCUGGACCACAUCAAGAAACCAAUGGACUUCUACACAAUGAAGCAGAAGCUGGAGGCCUAUCGCUACCUGAACCUGGAUGAGUUUGAGGAGGACUUCAACUUGAUAGUCAGCAACUGCUUGAAGUACAAUGCCAAAGACACCAUCUUCUACCGGGCAGCUGUUCGGUUGCGGGAACAAGGGGGUGCAGUGCUGCGACAAGCACGCCGGCAAGCUGAGAAGAUGGGCAUUGACUUUGAGACCGGCAUGCACUUCCCCAUGGCUGGGGAGGAGGCUCCUCUGCGAAGCACCGAGAACGAUGAGGAGCGGCUGCUGCUGUCAGAAAACCAAAAGCACUUGCCUCUGGAAGACCAGCUGAACCUCCUGCUCGAGCGUCUGCCCGAGGUGAGCGCCGGGAAGCAAAGCGUGAGCCGCUGCCGGCAAAUCAAGAUGAUCAAGAAGGAGAUCACCGCCUUGCGGCGCAAGCUGGCACACCAGCGGGAGACAGGGAGGGAUGGGCACGGCCACUUGCCACACAUCAUUCUGCCGACCCAUAACCCCUGCGAGAAGGACCCUCAAACCGACAGCGCCGCUGAGGAGAGCAGCAGCCAAGAAACCAGCAAAGGCCUUGGCCCCAAUUCCUCCUCCACCCCAGCACACGAAGUCGGCAGGAGAACAUCGGUGCUCUUCUCCAAGAAGAAUCCCAAAACCGCCGUGCCCCCAAAGCGUCCUGGGCGCCCCCCCAAGAAUCGUGACAGUCAGCUGGCUGCAGGUCACGGGAACAGCCCCGUGGGGCCGCCUCAGCUCCCGAUCAUGGGAUCCCAGCGGCAGCGUAAGCGGGUGAGGAGCCCACGCCCCAGUUCCAGCUCCGACAGCGACAGCGACAAAUCGGUGGAGGAUGCUCCGAUUGGACGGAAAACGAGUCCUAUUCGGUGGGGACCGGCCGAGGUGUGGGCCAUGGCAUAGUCCGGAAGAGUAUCAGCCGAUCAGCCGGGUGGCUCUCUGAAGAUGAAGAUUCUCCUUUGGAUGCCUUGGACUUAGUGUGGGCCAAAUGCCGGGGUUACCCAUCAUAUCCAGCUUUGGCAAUGGCUGCCCCGCACCAAACUCGUGCCCCUCGGCGUAAACCAGGACCUGGAUAAGGAGAAGAUGCUGGAAGGCCGCAAGUCCAACAUCCGCAAGUCUGUCCAGAUUGCCUAUCACCGAGCCAUGCAGCACCGGAACAAGGUGCAAGGAGAGCAGACCAGCGACUCCAGCGAGAGCGACUGACCCUCCGAGGGGCUCCCGCCCUGGGUGCUCACUCAGUGCAGCUGGACUGUACGGGAGAAGGGAGCAGGGAGCUCCAGCCUUGGGAAGCCUGGCUGCUGCAGGAACACGCACAGAGCACCCAACCGCUCCUCCAGUGUGCUGGGCACACCCACAGAGCACUGUGCCCUUCACGUGGGCAAAGCCUACCUCUUGUGCCAGCCUGCCCUUCCUUGUUCCAUGCCUGGAAUUGCCCUGACCAGCUGCACGAGCAAUACCCAGCUGCCUGCAUAGCUCCUAUGGGCAGUACCCUAACCCUCUGGGUCUUAAGGCUCUAGACUUUUGUAAGAUACUGUAUCAUAGUGGGAGAAUGUAAAUUAUUUGGGCUGCUCCGUACACCUACCCCUCCCAACAUACAGAGUCUGGCCCCCGUUUCCCUGCAUCAUAGCACCUGUCCAGAUCUAUCAGCCUUUCCUUGGCCCAGCCCUACCGUCACUCUGCAGAGCAGGGCCACCGUCUUCUCACUUGCACAUUUUGAUACUAUAGCUUUUUGGACUCUGCCUGACCCCUCCCCGCCCUC